GGGAUGACGUCACAUCCUUUCGGCCACCCUGGAGGAAGUGUGUAGGACCCUUUCAUUUUCUUUCCAACAUGGGGUUUCAGACCAAACCUCUUAUCCUAGAUGCUCGUGGGCAUCUUCUGGGGCGACUAGCAGCCAUCGUCGCGAAAACGCUUUUGCAAGGUCAGAGAGUGGUUGUAGUGAGAUGUGAAGGGAUAAACAUCUCUGGCAACUUUUACAGAAACAAACUAAAGUUUCUCAACUAUCUGAGAAAACGAUGCAACGUGAAGCCAGCUCGUGGUCCCUUUCACUUCCGAGCUCCAAGCAAAAUGUUCAUGCAUGUUGUCAGAGGUAUGCUUCCACACAAAACUGCCCGUGGUAAGGAGGUAGAGCGACUCAAGGCAUUUGAGGGUGUCCCUCCUCCCUACGACAAGCAGAAGCGGCUGGUGGUUCCUUCAGCUCUUCGUGUUCUACGUCUUGGUCAGAAUCGCAAGUAUUGUGAUCUGAACCGCCUGUCACAUGAAGUUGGCUGGAAGUACCAGAAAGUCAUAAGCACUCUUGAGGCCCGCCGCAAGGUCAAAGCUGCACAGUUCCACGCACGCAAAUGCAAAGUGGAGAACCUGCGAGAGCAAGCUAAAAAGAAUGUGGCACCUAAAGUGAAAGAAUAUCAAGCCAUCAUUGAGAGUUACGGAUACUGAACUCUUUGUGUUGAAUUAAAUCAUCUCUGACUAUUCA